CACCUGAUCUGGUCUUCCUGUUUAGCAAUAUGUCCACCUCUUUCGCCAGGUGUUGGAUCACGUUGAUUGUCUUCUUGAUCGUCGAUGGAUUCAACGUCCAGGGAGCGAUCACAACUCCAUUUGAAAAAGAAUUUUACAACGAAAUGAAUUGCACCGUGCCUCAAUCGCGAAUCGCGUACCUGGAAGAUGAAUAUGCUGAUUACAAUUCAGCGGCUAUUUACCUGCCUCACGCAGCCAUCGUGCAGCGAUGCGACAAUUCCAUCGGAUGCUGCACCAAGGACCAUUUCUACACGCCGACCAAGGAGGAAAAGGUGACGUUCACCUUCCACGAGUUCCUUAAUGGCAAUGAAGUUAAACGAGAAAUUUCGCUGACAAACCACUUACACUGCGAGUGCCAAACAAGAACGCAUUGGUUUUAACUUUUAACAACUCAUUUUCUUAUAUUUUAAACACUACGUCAUUAUGCAGCAAUUCAACGUUGACAGUAUAUCCAAUAGUCUGCUCUAACAUGUUUUAUAAAAAACAAUGAAAUUGUAAAACUUUUUUUUUUAACCUGAUGUAGCUGAAAAUAAAUUUAAUAUAACAAGUGA